CUCAUAUUGCUCUCUCGUGACGUCAAGAUGCCUUUAUAUUACAAGCCUGUUGCGCGUCCAGCAAAGCUCGCGCACUCAGCUGGAAUACUGAACGACGGGUUCACAGCUGGGACUGAGAAGCAUUUUGCCUCUAUAAUGCAGCAGCACACAAAUGAAGUAGCACAUGAACGGACGCCAAACGGUCAACAUUAAUCUCGUUUAAAUCUAAAAACAGUUGAGAAACUCUGAUGGAUACUGCGGACUUUAAUGAGCAGAACUGCCUGCCUGCUACUUACUCAGUUUGCGUGCCUCUUUUGAGCGUCAACGAAGCCCAUCUGUCAAAAGUCCAAAGUGCUCUCAAAGAUGAAGCGCGCUGUCAGUGAAAAUCGUAAUCAUCUGUACCGAGUUAUGAUGCUGAUGUGCCGCGCUGCGCUGAGGUGUUCACUAAAACGAGAAGAACGGCUAAAUUAGAGGCUCUUUCCUCACGAAAUUCUGCUCUGACUCAAAACAACUUUUCUAGCUAUGUUUUUCGAGCGGGCUGAUUUAAACUACAGCUUUAACAUGAGUGAGGAAGACCGGCUAACUCUUCUGGACGGGGACUGGAGCGACUCGCCGGUGGAGACGCUCUCACGCGCGGGCUUCAUCGCGCUGUCCGUGUUUCUAGGAUUCAUCAUGACUUUCGGCUUUUUCAAUAACUUCGUCGUGUUAGUACUCUUCUGUAAGUUUAAGACGCUCAGGACACCGGUUAACAUGCUGCUUCUUAACAUUAGCGUCAGUGACAUGCUGGUGUGUAUGUUCGGGACGACCCUGAGUUUCGCGUCCAGUGUGCGGGGACGGUGGCUGCUCGGGAGGCACGGCUGCAUGUGGUACGGCUUCAUCAACUCCUGCUUCGGCAUCGUGUCUCUGAUAUCCUUGGUGGUUCUUUCUUACGACCGCUACAGAACAUUGACGGUGUACCAUAACCGCGGUCCAGACUAUCGCAAACCUCUUCUGGCAGUACUGGGUUCGUGGCUCUACUCUUUAAUCUGGACAGUGCCCCCUCUUCUGGGCUGGAGUAGUUAUGGGCUGGAGGGAGCAGGAACCAGCUGCUCUGUAUCUUGGACCGAGCGCUCGACCCAGUCUAAUGCCUACAUUAUCUGCCUGUUCAUCUUCUGCUUGGGACUUCCAGUGCUCGUCAUGGUUUACUGCUAUGGGAGACUGCUGUACGCCGUCAAACAGGUAGGGAAGAUACGCAAGACAGCAGCGCGGAAACGGGAAUACCACGUUUUGUUCAUGGUUAUCACCACGGUGGUGUGUUACCUUCUGUGUUGGAUGCCGUACGGUGUCGUGGCCAUGAUGGCUACAUUUGGCCGGCCAGGAAUCAUCUCACCUGUGGCCAGUGUGGUCCCCUCUCUCCUCGCCAAGAGCAGCACUGUUAUCAACCCACUUAUAUACAUCCUGAUGAACAAACAGUUCUACAGGUGCUUCUGCAUAAUGUUCUGCUGUAGGAGGAGUUUAAUGCAGAAUGGCCAUUCCUCCAUGCCUUCCAAGACCACAGCCAUCCAACUCAACCGCAGAGUCCACAGUAAUACUGUUGCCUGCACCGCUCAGAUCUCCACGGGCAUCCAUGACUGCAGCACUCCGGCCACAGAGAGGUCCAACCCUCCAGAGGUUACCACCUAACCUGAGCGGAGCCAACAGUUACGACAUCAAACAAUGUAGAUAAUGUGGGUGAUGGUGAAUCCUGCUCUUUUGCAGUAGCAACAAUGAAUUGUUAAUCAAUUAUAAAAACAAGUGGAUUGUUAAAGCAAACAAAGGGCAUGUCAUGAACCACACUUCAGUGGUUUGAGUCUUAUCUCUCAGAUAUGUCCUUCAAGGUAUCUCUGAGAGGUGAGGUGUGAAGUUGUAACAUCUAACUUCUGGGAUGCCUCAAGGCUCUGUUCUUGUACCUCUUCUCUUCUCUGUCUACAUGGCAUCAAUAGGUUCAGUCAUUCAGAAACAUGGCUUUUCAUGUCACUGCUAUGCUAAUGACACUGAAUUCUACCUCUCAUUCCAUCCUGAUGAUCCAUCAACAGCUGCUCACAUCUCAGCAUGUCUAACAGACAUUUCUUACUGAAUGACGGACCAUCACCUUCAACUCAAUCUUGCCAAGACAGAACUGCUUUUGGUUCCAUUAAACCCAUUGUUUCAUCACAAUUUCACCAUCCAGUUAGGCACAUCAACCAUAACUCCCUGAAAAACAGCCAGAAACCUUGGAAUUAUGAUUGAUGAGCUGACUUUCCCAGACCACAUUGCUUAAACUGCCCGGUCCUGCAGAUUUGAUUGAUUGAUUUCAACAUCAAAAGAUCAGGCCCUUUCUUUCAGAACAUGAUUCACAACUCCUUGUUCAAGAUCUUGUUCUAUCCAGGCUGGACUAUUGCAAUGCCCUCUUGGCAGGUUUUUCAGCCAGUUCUAUCAAACCUUUACAAGUAAUUCAGAACAAGGCAGUAAGAUACAUUUUUAAUGAGCCGAAAAGAAUGUACAUCACACCUCUGUUUAUCGAUUUGCAAUGGCUACCAAUAGCUGCUCACAUAAAAUUCAAGGCAUUAGUGUUUGCCUCAAAACCACCACUAGCUCUGCACCCCUUUACAUAAAUUAAUCAUUUCAGAUGCCCUUAUGUAAUACUUCAGUAUAACUUAUAUGCCCUCCAGAAGCUUGUGUUCUGCAAGUGAACAUCACUUUAAUGUUCCAUCCCCACAGAGGCACAAAAUCACUUUCACAGACAUUUAAAUUAAAUGUUCCCUCCUGGUGGAAUGACCUGCCCAACUCAAACAGAGCAGCUGAGUCCUUAGCCAUCUUCAAGAGUCGGUUAAAAACCACAUCUCUUCCCUCUUUAUUUGACCCUCUAGCACUCUCCAUUGUAAUUCUAUUCUAAAAAAAAAUAAAAUAAUAAUAACCUUUUAGACAUGCAAUAUUUAUUUACUAACAGCUUGUUUUCUUAAAAAAGAAGGAACUAGCUUCUCUAAUCUUUUUGUAUUCUAUCAGUUUUCUUUUUAAUUAUACAAUUAACAAAAGCUCUAUUCUUUUCUAUUCUAUCUUUUAUUUAUUAAUUUUCCCAUUUUUGUUUUAUGAUUUUAAAAACCUUGCUACAUGUACUGCAUUAAGCAAACAGACUUGUUAUAGCACUUUCAUAUCAUUGCUCUUUUGUUGAUUUUGAUUGCUUCCAUCAUCCUCAUUUGUUAGUCACUUUGGAUAAAAGUGUCUGCUAAAUGAUUAAAUGCGAAUGUAAACAAAGCAUUUUAUUGCCGAUUAAUGAAGUCUUUUCACUGUUCAUGAAGAACAUACACAGUGUUCAAUCCGGUUUUUCAUCAAACAAAUCUAUAAGUUCUUUUAUUAGAAGCAUUUAUAAUAUUGGCCCAACAUUUAUAAGAACUGUCCUGAAAGAGAGCGUUGGAACAAAUGUAAGUUGUUGUAUUUGCAAGACAGUAUAUUUAAUGUGUAUAUCGGUUAUCACCUUUAAGAUGUAUACAAGUAUACACACACUAUAGUUAAAAGGUUUCAGAUUAGUAAUUAAAAAAAAAACAACAACUUUUAUUCAGUAAAGGACUCAUUAAAUUGAUGUGUAAUAAUAAUGAUAUUGAAGACAUUUUUAAUGUUACAAAAUAUUUAUAUUUCAAAUAGAUGCUGAUCUUUUUUUAAUCACUCUUUUUCUGGCCAUCCCCAAACUUCUGAAGGUAAUAUUAAAAGAUUUUCAGAUUUUCUUCAAUAUCUUUUAUACUUUGGCUAUUUAACUUUUCUGGUGCUUUUCAACUGAAAUCUGCAUAUUAUUUUGUAACU